AUGGUUGAUAAAAAAAUAAGAAACAAGAAAUCAAGAUACCAUAAAAUGAAGUUGAGUAAUAUUUUUGGAAUUUUAGUCACGCUCCUAGUUUGUGUCUCAGGGUCAUUUCCAUACUAUGAUCAAUUUGCUUUAACUACUACAUCAUGUUUAUAUCAAUAUUUUGAUGUUGAGGACCCAGUUAAAUAUAAAAUUGCAUGGUGGGGUUCAUUUCUAGCGUCCCCAGGAGGACCAAUUAGAUGGAUUGAAAAGAUGCAAGAUACUUGUGACGCUUGUAAAGCUGACCAUAAAGAUCCUGAAAAUACUGAUUGUGAAGAUGGAAUAUUUGAUUUAGUCACAGGUGCCAUUCAAAAUGUUGUUACUGGGACAAUGGGUUGGAAUAGUGGAUUAAGACUUAAUAAUGCAUUGUUUGACGGUCACCUUAAUAAAAGAAAUUUUGUUUUACUUGCAGCAGUACUAAUAGUCUGGGUAGCAUAUAUAUGGGAUUAA